GAUCUAAAUUUAUAGAUCUUCAUUAGAUUUGACAUGGAAUAUUUUUAAAUGAAAAGAAUACUAUUGGACCUUGUCAUUUUGUAACAAACUUGAAAACUGUGGUGUUAUGUUUAUAUACCAUGUUGACAGUGUUAUAUUUGGCUACAUCUCUAUGUAUUUUUUUAAAAUCAGGAAUAUAUAAAAGAAAUUUUUUUAAAAUAUUUUGAAUAAAUUUGAUUGAAACUGAUUAAAAUGUCAAACAUAUUAUUAAACUUUAUGUAUCCUAUAAAAUGUGGAAAUUUAUCAAUCAUGUACAGUAGAAACAUUAAAAAUUCAUUAAUCAGAUCACAAAAUUUAUUUCAACAUAUAAAGAGAAAAAGUGUUAAUUUUCAAAGAUGUUAUAAAGAAAAUCAUAGUGUUUUAAAGAAAUUUUGGAUUUUUAUGAAACAAAAGGCAGAUGGUAAAUUCUUGAUUAAAUUUAGUUCCAGCACUUUAAUAACAUGGAAAUUAGUAAAUCAAAGAAUUAGUGUGUCUUGUGAAGUUAAAGCUGAACAUAAAUCUAGAUUAUUUGGCAUAGAUAAAGAUAUCAUGCAAGAAACAAAGUUUGACUGGAAACAAUUUUUUGAUUUGUUAAAACCUGAAAUAUGGCAUAUGAUUAUAGCAGUUUUAAGUGCAAUUGCUGUUGCAUAUUACAAUAUCCAAAUACCCGUAUUAUUAGGAGAUGUUGUAAAUGUUGUAUCAAGAUUUGUUAGUUGCUCUGGACAAACUGAAAUUGGAAAUUUUUUUCAACAGAUAAAAAACCCAUGUUUAAGAUUAUUACAUAUAUACUUGGCACAGAUAUCUUAUAAUAUGUAUAUUAGAUGUGGAUCUGAUGAUUUUUGCUUGCUCUCGGUUUACUUGUAUGUCUUAAUGUGA